AUGGGGCCUUCUCAGCUUGUCCGUGCCCCUCGGUCCCGGGGCUUAAGUUCCCCCUACCGUAGGGCAGGCGUGGGUUGGCCUCGGCCCCGCUUUCCCAAGAUGUUCAAGUGUAGCCGCAGAAGGUACCGGCAGAAACGACAAGGCCCAGCUGGCACCACUGUAACCAUCAAUCUUGCCACUGUGGCCACGGAUAUCAACGACACCCAAACUGCUACCACCAGGGUGUUGAUCCUUCCACUGCAAGUGGCUGGAGUCCGGGCAGAGCGUGAGGGGAUCCGGCGCUGGCGGGCUCGCUUACAGCCCGGCGGGAGCGUCCGGCCAAGCAGAGCUAACUGGACUCUGGAACAGGACCCCAUCCCGAGGCUGCGGCAGCUUCGGUUCCGAGUCCGAACGGAACGAAGCCCGGGUCCCGGCCCCUGA